UCAACAUUUGACCAACUACAUGUUUCCAGACUCCUCUAAAUACGUCCAGCAAUCUUCCGCGUUUCCGCACUCUUAGUUUGGACUUCUGAGCAGUCAACUGUAAGGUAGCAUGAGCAACUUUGCAGGCAUAAUGGCGCACGAUACAAGUCCAAACAGCCGCCAACAUGAGACCCAUAACCUUACUCAGUUCGACGCACCGAGGUCUAUGUGGAACCGAAUGGGCAACGGAAUCAGCGUCGGGGGUUUUCCGCAGAGCCAAGCAGCAGGAACAACCCCUGUUGCAUUGAGUUCACGCGUAAAUCACCCUUCGAAUACCGCGUUACCUGUCGAUUCCUGCCCCGCGACUAUCGCCACGUCACGCGUCCGCCCAUGCUUCCUCUCCCUAGCAUCAAACGACUUCGAGCCCGCCUCCGCUUGCCCGCAUCGGACGGCUCAGAACCCCACACCCGCAUCGCCCUUCUCUCCCUUCCCCGCAUUUCCGACGCUGCCGAUCGCUCGCACCAGCAGCCAUUCGCUGCUCUCCGCAUCUGGCGGCGCCGAUGACGCGGCCAGCUUGAGACCUGUCGCGAAUGUGCCAGCUGAGGCUGGCUGCGCCUCGAGGUCAGAUUCCCUCCUUGGCUCUCCGCAUUCUCCGGUAGGCCCCACGACUCCGACCGCGUUUUCCGGGCCCGGGGAAUCUGGUUUCGAAGAUCGGGAGCCUAGCACGCUAAGUAAGCCGGCACGCGUGCGGAGCGCGAAACUCGUGACGUGGCUUCUGUGGCUCCGGGCGCAGCGCGCAGCGGGAAUUUUCCGGUGGAUGACGUCGGGAUUCCUGACGCUGACGUCAGCCGUGCACGAACGGCUACUGUCACGCAAAGGAAUGGAGUACGUCGAUGAGGCAACGGACGGCGGAGAUGAAUACGAGGAGGAGGAGGAUGACGGUUACUACGAUUACGGCGACGAUUCGAGUCCUCUUGCCAGCGGAAAGUCGAGAUUCAGCGGCGGCGGCGGAGGGAGGGGGAUGCUACUGUGUCUGAGAAUCUUGCUGCUGGUGUCAGUGUUGCUGCUUAUAGCGGAGGUGUGCGCGCACAGCGGGGAGUUGCAGUGGGAGUGGUACCACUGGCUGUACCAUGGCCGGGAAAGGACCGUCACGCGAUGGGACGUGUGGGGCAAUGAGAUUUACCGCCACUGGUCGGAAUUCCGGGCGACGUGGAUCGGUCGCCCGCUGCAGUGGGCGACGAACUUCUGCAUCUACCUCUUCCUCCUGCAGUCCGUCGAUCGUCUCGUCCUCGCUAUAGGCGGCCUCUACCUCUUCAUCACCCGCUAUCGCCCGCAACCCAAGGGUCGGUACGAAGCGGACGCGGCGGCAGACCCCGAGCGUCCCGCAUGCGACGCUUUCCCGAUGGUUCUGGUCCAGAUUCCCAUGUGUAACGAGCGGGAGGUUUACGACCAAUCGAUCGCUGCCGCGUGUCAGUUGGAUUGGCCGGCUAGCCGGUUCCUGGUGCAGGUGCUGGACGACAGCAGCGACGAGGACACGGCGAAUCUGAUUCGUUGUGAGGUCGAGGCGUGGGCGGCGCGAGGCGCGCCGAUCGUGUACCGCCACCGGACGGAUCGCAAGGGUUACAAAGCGGGUAAUCUGGCGAGCGCGAUGGCGUGCGAUUACGUGCGAAAGUACGAGUUCGUCGCGAUCUUCGACGCGGAUUUCCAGCCGCGCCCGGACUUUCUCCGACGGACCAUCCCGCAUUUCAAGGACCAGCCUGACGUGGCGCUCGUGCAGGCGCGGUGGAGCUUCGUGAACCGAGAAGAGAACCUCCUAACGCGCCUCCAGCACGUGAACCUGGCGUUCCACUUCGAGAUCGAGCAGCAGGUCAACGGCGCGUUCCUCGGGUUCUUUGGGUUCAACGGCACGGCGGGCGUGUGGCGGAUCAAGGCGCUGGAGGACAGCGGCGGGUGGCUGGACCGCACGACGGUUGAGGACAUGGACCUGGCGGUGCGCGCGCAUCUCAAGGGGUGGCGGUUCGUGUUUCUGAACGACGUGGAGGUGCAGUGCGAGCUGCCGCAGUCGUACGAGGCGUAUAGGAAGCAGCAGCACCGCUGGCACUCGGGCCCCAUGCAGCUGUUCCGUCUGUGCCUCGGGGAUAUCGUCUCUGCUAAGAUUUCUCUGUGGAAGAAGUUCCACCUGAUCUUCCUCUUCUUCCUGCUGCGCAAGAUGGUGCUGCCCUUCUACUCCUUCCUGCUCUUCUGCGUCCUGCUCCCGCUCACCAUCUUCGUGCCCGAGGCCACGCUCCCGCUCUGGGUCGUCUGCUACGUCCCCGGGCUCAUGUCGCUGCUGAACGUGCUGCCGUCGCCCAGGUCCCUCCCCUUCACCAUCCCGUAUCUCCUCUUCGAAAACACCAUGUCGGUGACCAAGUUCCACGCCAUGGUGGCCGGGCUCUUCCAGCUCAAGAGCGCGCACGAGUGGGUUGUCACCAAGAAGACCGGCGGUGCCCGCGGGGGGCUCGACGCUGGGACUGGUGCACACCCGCCGUCUGUGCCGUCACCGGCUGCUGCUGCUGCUGCUGCUGCUGCUGCUGCUGCUGAUGAUGAUGGUUCGAGUGCCGCUGUUGCAACUCCGGUGAAUGGCAAAUCAAUGACCACUCCGAAGCGAGCCGUGCUGGGCGCUCUAUCCAGCAACAUUCUUUCACGGAGCUCCAUAGCCACUGACCACACGCCAACCACCAAGCUAACUCAUCCUAACGACAACCACAACCAGCACCAGCACCAGCACCAGCACCAGCAGCAGGUGCAGCAGACUCCUAAUAAAGCCAAAACCUCUCCUGACGAUGACUCUAACAACAGCCACAGCCAAAGUUACAGCCACAGUUACAACUACAGUUACAACCAGAGCAGCAGCACGACCACUCCCCUUCUCCGUCCCACCCCACCUCCCUCCCACCUUCUGGACGCCUGGCGAACCACUCCCAAGCCCGCACCACAUACCGCUCUUGCUGUCACAACUGCUGUUACUGCUGCUGCUGGUGGUGGUGAAGCAGCAGCAACAGUGGCAGUGGUUCCGGCACAGAAGAGCAAGGCCAGCCGAAGGGUGUAUCCCAAGGAGCUAGCGCUGGCAGCGCUGCUGGUGACGGCAGCGGUACGCAGCCUGCUGACGGCCCACGGCGUGCACUUCUACUUCCUGCUCUUCCAAGGGCUCGCCUUCCUCAUUGUCGGCCUCGACGUGCUCUCUGACCCGUAGGGAGGGUGAGCUGCAGUCGGGUAGACACCUCUUAACCUGUGGCACCUUUCACAUCUGACUCCCUGGCAAGGCUGCUGCAGCUGCUUCUUAGACUAGUUAUGACAAGAACGACUGACUCGCUCAUGGGCGGAUGAUGCAUAACGUAGGGUAGGAUCGACCAACGACCACCAUGCUGUUAGGGGAUGAGUUUCAAGAGGUUGGUUAGUUCAUUUAGGAUGGGUGUGACAGCAUCUUGCUGACCCCGUUUAAAAUAUAAAUUAUUAACAUGUGCAUGUCAACUUAUACAUAUUAUCUAUGUAGAAGUUAUAGGCUAGAC